UCGCGGGAGAGGAGGGGCGUCGAGCCUGCGGGCGCGGAAGCCGGCCUGCCCUAAGCCUCACGCCCGCCCCUGCCACCUCCCGCAUGGUGCCGGCUCCUCACUAAGCGGCGGCGGCGGCGGCCAGGCGUGAGGGACGCGCGGCGGCGGCGGCUCGGGGUCCAGGCUUCCCGUCGCCGGCACUUCCUCCUGCGGCGCCCGUGCGCGGCCGUCUCGGCGGGCGGGAUGGCGGCGGCGGCCCGGGGCAGCGGCCGCGCAUCUGCGCCCUGGCUGCUUCUGCUCCUGCUGUUUCCGCUGCUGUGGGCCCCGGCCGGGGUCCGGGCCGUCCCCGACGAAGAUCCUAGCCACCGGAACAAGGAACCGCCGGCGCCUGCCCAGCAGCUGCAGGCGCAGCCCGCGGCCGCGCAGGGCCCCGAGCCAGCCCGGGCCGAGAAAGGUUUUACACCAGCUGCCCCGGUUCAUACCAAUAAAGAAGAUCCAGCUGCUCAAACUAAUUUGGGAUUUAUCCAUGCAUUUGUCGCUGCCAUAUCAGUUAUCAUUGUAUCUGAACUGGGUGAUAAGACAUUUUUUAUAGCAGCCAUCAUGGCAAUGCGUUACAACCGUUUGACAGUGUUGGCUGGUGCUAUGCUUGCCCUGGGCCUAAUGACGUGCUUAUCAGUUUUGUUUGGCUAUGCCACCACAGUCAUCCCUAGAGUGUAUACAUACUAUGUUUCAACUGCAUUAUUUGCCAUUUUUGGCAUUAGAAUGCUUCGGGAAGGUUUAAAGAUGAGUCCAGAUGAAGGUCAAGAGGAACUGGAAGAAGUUCAAGCAGAAUUGAAGAAAAAAGAUGAAGAAUUUCAACGAACCAAACUCCUAAAUGGACCAGGAGAUGUUGAAACGGGUACAAGCACAACAAUACCUCAGAAAAAGUGGCUGCAUUUUAUUUCACCCAUCUUUGUUCAGGCUCUUACGUUAACAUUCUUAGCAGAAUGGGGUGAUCGCUCUCAACUAACUACAAUUGUUUUGGCAGCUCGAGAGGACCCCUAUGGUGUGGCAGUGGGUGGAACAGUGGGACACUGCUUAUGCACCGGAUUGGCAGUAAUUGGAGGAAGAAUGAUAGCACAAAAAAUCUCUGUCAGAACUGUGACAAUCAUAGGAGGCGUCGUAUUUUUGGCGUUUGCAUUUUCUGCACUAUUUAUAAGUCCUGAUUCUGGUUUUUAACAAGCUAUUUGUUCAUUUGUAUUUAAGAUAGGUAACUCAUGUCUUUAUGUACAUAGUGUACAUUAUAACUAAAAGUGAUGGAAAAUACUGUAUUUUGUAGCAUUGAUUUGCGAGUUUGACCCAUUUAAUGAAAGUAUUAUGUCCAAAAGAAAUAAUCAUUGAUUCUUUGCAACAUGGAUUUUUAAAAGAAAGCUGAUGUCUGUGUGCAAUUUUCUUUUCUUCAGUAUAAUUAUGUUCAUGUGGUCUCCGUUUUUUGAGGGAUUUUUUGGCUUUUUUAGGGGGUAUAUACAGAACCACUAUGCGGUGGGGCCCACCACCUGAUUUUCUUUCAGCACUGACCCCUUUAUGAGGAAUCUAACUUUUCUCCUGGAUCACUGAUGUGUUUUAAGAUGUUUACCUUAAAAUUUUUCCUGGGAGAAGAAUGAAUGAAUUUCUAUCUAUCUUUUAAAACAUUUCCUCCAGCCAGUAAGCAAUAGUUUAAUCAGAAGUCUUUUUAAAAUUAGGUUCUUUGUUUAAAAAAAGAAAACGAGCAAGAGAAAUGUAUUAAUGUUAUAUUAAUAACAUGACAAGAAUUGUUUGCCAGGUCCAUUCUUCAUUUUUUUAAUUGGGUAGGAAACCCAAUAUAAAAACAGUCAAUAUUUGACAAUGGGGAAUUACCAAAUUAAAAGAGAAUACUAUGAGUGUAUUCAUAUUUUUUCUAUAUUGAAUAAACAAUGUAACAUAGAUGAUACAAUAUAAAUAAAAGUGGUAUGACCA